AUGCAGCCGCGUGAAGACUAUUGCCUCAUCAAGAUAGAGAAUUUCUUCAAAAGGGAAGCAGAAUUGUGUGGACCCUACGCGCUGCCCGAACAGAUGACACCGCCUACUACAGCCGCACCACAAAGGAAGACUCAAAGGAUCAACAACGUGACUGAGAAGAAACACAUAUCAAGGUGCGUCGUAUGUGAAGAUACGGGGCACACCAACGCCACAGAAUGUGAACAAUUCAAGAAGUUAGAUGCAAAUGCAAGAUGGGACAUGGCCAAGUCCAAGCGCCUCUGCACUGCAGACUCAAGUCAUGUAAAGUCAACAGCUGCAAGUACUCUCACCACAAAAUGCUGCACUACGAAAAAAAGUCAGAAGAUACAGAAGCAAAAGAAAAUCAAAAGGCAACAGAGUUCAUCAACUCAACUUGGACCGUCAAGAAGCAAUCGUAUUUAA